ACACAGAGACGCAGCGAGGGGCUUCCCUUCUGAAACCACUCGAGUUCUCCCCCUCCCUCUCAUACACGUACACACACUCACACACACACUCACUCACACACUCACACACAGCUGCCAACAUGUGCCUUUCAGCAGCUUUUCUCCUGUUGAGUCUGUGGGGUUCUUCUACCUACGGACAGUAUCAGGCCAAUUUCAACAUGGCAGGAGUUACAGGUUCUGUCUGGUUUGACUCCAUGAAGCAGAUAGCUAACGUUAACCUUACUGGUACCGACACAGCAAUAUGUGGGCCCUUCAACCUCUCCGUCACCGAGUUUCCUGUAAUGUACAGUCACAUGACCCAGCCUUGUGAGAAAGCCCACAUAGGAGAACGUGUGUUCACAUUCACUGUGGAUUCUCCUGAUUCGGUGGUGAACAUCUCUGGUAUCUUUGAGCAGGGGUCUAGCCUGGAAGCAAUGUCUCUAGUGGUAGAGACGUGCAAUGGCACGAAGGCUUGUGCAGGCAUCCUAGCAAGGUCAACAGUCACCACUUGGCAGGCACGGUUCUUCAAACAGGUGGCUGGGAACAUCUACCUCCGCCAGGUAUCAGGGGAACUAGGUGCCACGCUUCUUGCGGACCUGGUCAGCGUGGAUCAGACUGACACCCCUGUAACUAAUGUUAGUGUUUUCCUGUCACAAAGUUCUACAACUAGCUGUACAAAAUUGCUGGGCAGUUUAGAUCCAAACAGUUUGAAAAACCUGGGCCAAGUAAAGGUUGGCUCCCCCCUUGAAGCUGUAAAAUCCCGUCUAGAGACCUCCAACCUUGGUACUGGAUUUCGUUUUGCCCUUGUCAACUUUAGGUCAGGAUACUCAUGUGGUGAGCUCAGCACUUUAGAAACAAAGGUGGUCAGUGCUCCCAUAGACAUGAGGGGGGUCAAAGGUCAAUUCACUUUUCACCAGCCAUCUCCUUUUGACCUCACCACUCUCACAGUGAACCUGACCAACCUCAAUGGAAGGGUCGGGCCAUACCAUAUUCAUUUGUUUCCCACACCACAGUUGAGGUCACCCCCAGAAAGCACCUGUAGUAAUGACAACCUUGGGGGUCACUGGAACCCCUUUGAUGUGAACACUCAGGCUUCUGUUUACCCUCCUCCUCAUGGCUCCACCCAUGACCGCUAUGAGGUGGGAGACCUUAGCUCCAGGCAUGGGUCUUUAGCAAAUACCAGUGACUUCCAGGCCAGCUUCACUGACUGGAACUUGCCCUUGUUCGGACAGAACAGCAUCGUGGGACGCUCCGUGGUUCUACACCAGCCAGACGGAACAAGGUUUGCUUGUGCAAGCAUUGGCUAUCCUGGAGAGGUGAUCACAGCCAGGGCUGUCUUCCAGAGCCCUGUGGUGGGAUUUAUCCUGUUCACCCAGCUGCGUGAAAACCCUUAUUCCGAUGUCUCUGUGUUCCUGGACUUGUCUUAUGGACAACCAUCCACACCUGCAACUCAGAAACACCACUGGCAUAUCCACAGUGACCCCAUUAGCACAGAGACAGACAGUGAUGAGGGUCGCUGUUGGUCUACUGGGGGCCACUGGAAUCCCUACAACAUCAACACCAGUUCGAGUAGCUACAAAGUAAACUGCAAACCAGAGUGUCCUUUUGCUUGCGAAGUUGGAGACCUGUCCAGGAAACACAGCCUGAUAAAUUUGGGCCCAGGUACAGGCAAGUAUUUUUUCACAGACACUACAUCCUGGCUGUCUGGAAUGAUCGGCAGGUCUGUGGUGAUCCAUGGAUCUGAUGAGGCAGGCCGUCGCAUUGCCUGUGCGAACCUCACCCUCCUUCGCUUUCCGUCAGCUCAGUCUGGAUCCUGGCAAGGUCCUGGGUCCUCCAAAGGACAAGUCCACUUCUUCCAGUCCUCUCCCCAGGGUGCAACCAACCUCCACAUCUCUCUGACUGGGCUGGAGGCCAGAGCAGCUGGAUACCAUGUCCAUCUACUCCCAGUAAAGACUGGGGCAGAGGCUUGUUCCAAUGAGAACAUCAUGGGUCACUUUAACCCCUAUGGGGUGAACAUCUCGUUGUCUCCUGCUCCAGGGAAUGGCACAGUGGAUCAGUAUGAGAUUGGAGAUAUAAGUGGGAAGUUUGGGUAUCUGACAGAUCAGACUCAAUUCCAGAAACAUUACAUGGACAGUAAUAUGCCACUGAGUGGACCCAACAGCAUCAUAGGACGAUCGCUGGUUAUUCACUACAAGAAUGGAACAAGAAUGCAGUGCGCCGACAUCACAGCUGGAAACUCUUCGGAUGCAUACUGGGUCAUCGCCAAGGCAAUAUUCAAUGGCAGCGUGACUGGGACGAUAACCCUGUCCCAACAGAGUUUUCCUGAUGGCAGUUACAGUGAUGUAAGCCUGCUGGUGGACAUCCGUGCGUCCAAAACACCCAACGUCACCAAAGCCUCCUGGUACAUCACUGAAAGUCGCACCGGUGGCCUGCCUGCUGGAUGUACUGGAACAGGAGGAACCUUUAACCCUUUCAACAUGACAGCUCGGAGCUCCCACUGUUCUCAGCUCACUCCUCUGGCCUGUGAGGUGGGGGAUCUGACCGGUAGGCACGGCUCUGUCAGUCUGACCCAGAGGCAGCUGUUCACCGACUCCCACCUGCAGCUGGCUGGAGACUUCACAGUUGUCUACAGAUCGCUGGUGCUAAUGGUCGGGAAUUACACCAUCGCUUGUUCGGACAUUGUCCCAGAAUCACCCUCAGCUCAGCAAAUCUUCCCUAAAGUGACAUUCUUCAGCAGGUAUGACUUCCGUAAGAGGGUGGCGGAUGUUCUAGACGUCCAUGUGUCCCGAGUGUCGGUCUUGCCUGGAGCCCUAUCGCCCAUGCCAGGAGGGAAGUGCCAGCAGGUCACCUUUCUCGUGUCAGGUCAAGUCAACCUGAAGAAGCUGGCCUCAGUAAAGGACAAUGAGAAGAUGGGCAUCUUUAAACAGACUGCAGAAUGUGUGAGAAGCGGCGCCCGUGGUCUGAUGACCCAUAGCUGGACCAUCCAGAUCCUCUCGGUUGCUGCAGUUUGGCUUCUCCAGGCUCCUGUCCUGCAGUGGACGUCACUCUGAGAUUCAGCGCCCGCUAGACCAUACGGGUCAGACUCCGGUGUCUGAGUUAGUUUCACACCGCAGGUUUUAUUGUGGAUAAACAGUCAAACUGCUCCAUCUGUAGUCUGUUACAUUCACUGGAAAGAAAGUUGAUGUAUUUAUUCUUAUUAAUAAUGCAUCAUUAUUGCUAUUGGUCUUAUUAGUAUCAAUAUUAUUUCCCUAGUAUUUGGAAUACCUCACGAUAUUGUUGAAGGGAAUACUGAUUAUUGUUGCCUCCUGCUUUUGUGUCUGGUUGUAAGGGACUGUUGUGCACUUGUGUAUGUGAUCAUUAAUGUGUCUGUGUAAAUAAUUAGCAUAUGAUAACCUUGUAUCAUGGUUUCAUUUCCGUUCUCAAGAUUGUAUAUUUUGUAAGUUGCAUGUUAAAAUAUCAAAGCACUUGUUUUGCUGCACUAAUUUGGGAUUGUAAAAAUAAAAAAUGACCUUGUAUUGAC